UUUAAUCCAGCACCCACGCCUCAUGUUCCACGCUUCUGUCAACCCGCCUGCCUUCUUUUCUCUGGGAUAGAUUCCCGUUGAUCUUUGUCUUUGACAAGCAUCGCACCCUUUCCUGCUUGAUACCCAGACUCGUCUCCCCCCGCAAAGGCGGUGACAUCCCACCUCGCCCUCACCGCAACACGUUGCACCACUUCUCUACACACACCAUGGCACCCCCAGGCCGCCGGAGAGCGAGCCUCUCGCCUGCAACAAUGCUCCUCGGUCUCGCCUUCCUCUUCUCGUCGACGGCCUCUGCUGCAUCGGCAGUGCUGGGCGUCGACCUGGGCACCGAGUACAUCAAAGCCGCCCUCGUCAAGCCCGGCAUCCCCCUCGAGAUCGUCCUCACCAAAGACUCGAAGCGUAAGGAGACGUCAGCCGUCGCCUUCAAGCCCUCCAAGAGCGGGCCUCUUGCUACCGGCUCCUACCCCGAGCGCUUCUACGGCGGCGACGCGAUUGCCCUCCAGGCGAGGUUUCCCGGCGACGUGUACCCGAACCUGAAGCACCUUCUGGGUGCAGUGAGCGACAGCGAUGUGGUCAGCGUGUACACAGGGCGAUACCCGGCGCUCGAGGUCAAGGGCACAGACGGCCGCAAGACGGUCAGCUUCAGCAGCGGCGUGUUCGCGGCUGAGGGGGAGAGGUCCUUCUCGGUCGAGGAGCUGCUGGCCAUGGAGCUGAAGAAUGUGAGGGAGAACGCCAAGGCGCUCGCGGGCAAGGGCUACGAUGUGCAGGAUGUCGUCUUCACAGUCCCGCCCUUCUAUACGGUCGAGGAGAAGCGCGCGCUUGAGGUUGCGGCUAACUUGGCGGGACUGAAGGUCCUCAGCAUCGUCACGGAUGGCAUGGCUGUCGGUAUCAACUAUGCCACCAGCAGGACGUUCCCGACUGUCACCGACGGAAGCAAGCCGGAGAUCAACCUGGUUUUCGAUAUGGGCGCUGGGUCUGCGUCGGCGACUAUCCUUCAGUUUCAGGGCAGGGCAGUCAAGGACGUGGGAAGGCGCAACAAGACGAUUCAGGAGGUGCAGGUUCUUGGAGUUGGCUGGGACAGGACACUCGGAGGCGAUGGGCUUAACUCGCUCAUCGUCGACGAUAUGGUGUCUUCCUUCGUCGAGCUCCCCAGCGCGAAGAGCGCGUCCAUCACCGCUGAGAAGGUCAGGAGCCAUGGACGUACGGCUGCGAAGCUGUUCAAAGAGGCCGAGAGGGUGCGUCAGGUGCUCAGUGCCAACACUGCCACAGCUGCCUUCUUUGAGAGCUUCUUCGAAGACGUUGACUUCCGUUACAAGCUCUCGCGCACGCAAUACGAAGCACUUGCCACCGAAUAUGCCGCCCGAGUCGAAGGCCCCAUCAAUCAGGCUCUGGAAGCCGCUGGCCUUACCUUUGCCGAUAUCGACUCUGUGAUUGUUCACGGAGGCGCGACCCGUACCCCAUUCGUGCAGAGCCGUCUCGAGGCUAUUGCCGGAAAGGCGAAGAUCAGGGCUAACGUCAAUUCUGACGAGGCUGCCGUGUUCGGUGCUGCCUUCAAGGCCGCCGGUCUCAGCCCGUCUUUCCGCGUCAAGGAGAUCCGCGACUCGGACGCUCAAGGCUACAGCCAUGGUAUCCAGUACAAGCACAACCUCAAGAACCGCGACCAGAAGAUCUUCUCUCCCAGCUCCAAGUUCGGCGCUACCAAGGACCUGCCCUUCCAGAUGAUGGGCGAGUUCGAGUUCACAGUCUACCAGGCUGUCGGUGCGUCCAAGGACCCUACUCUGCAGUUCAAGAGCGGCAACUUGACUCAAACUGUUGCCAAGAUGAUUGAGACUGAUGGAUGUGAUCGUGCCUCUUUCAACAACUACGUCCAGGUCAGGCUGAGCCCUAUUACCGGCACUCCCGAAGUCCUCUCCGCAUGGGCUACCUGCGAGACUGAUUCCGAGGCCAAGGGCGGUAUUGUCGAUGGUGUCAAGAACCUCUUUGGCAUGGGUGGUAAGAAGGACCAGGAAGCGCUGAAGGAGGGCGAGAGCGCUUCUGAGUCGUCGACAUCGUCUUCUUCUAUAAAGUCAAAAUCGAAGUCGAAGAAAUCUGCUUCCUCGUCCUCAUCUUCUGCGGGCGCUGAGAGUACGGGCAAGGCUGGCGAGAAGAAGAAGAAGGUUAUCAAGUCGGCGAUUACGUACGAUGUCAAGCACUUGGGCUAUGAGAAGCAUCCUCGCAAAGAGAUCAAGACGAUGCAGGACAGGAUCGCCGCUUUUGACGCCUCGGACAAGUCUCGUCGCGUCCGCGAGGAGGUCCUGAACUCACUGGAAGCUUUCACAUACAAAGCCCGUGACCACCUCGAAGACGAGUCUUUCAUCGGCGCCUCAAUCGCCGCUGUUCGAUCAACCCUCGAGGAGAAGCUCAGCGCGGCUUCAGACUGGAUCUACUCGGACGGCGCUGAAGCCGACGAGAAGACGCUCAAAGCCAAGCUCAAGGAACUCGAAGACAUUGUCAACCCCGUACUCACGCGCAAAAGAGAGGCCUGGAAGCGCCCCGACGCCAUCACAGAGCUGCAAGAAACAAUCAACCACAUGAAGGAAGUCAAGGCGCUAGUCGACAACCAGCUCAAAGAGCAAGUCACCGCCAGCUCCAAGAGCUCCGAAGCCGUAGCCAGCGCCAGCGCAUCUGCCUCCGCCACGCCCUCCCCAUCCUCCAAAGACCCCCUCGACGACCUCGACGAAGACGCCGAACCCGCUGCCCCAGAGCCCACGGAAAUCCCCGAAGUCGUCACCGUCUACACUGACGCCGACCUCAAGUCCCUCGACGACCUCACGGUCUCAACGCAGAAAUGGCUCGACGACGCUCAGGCCAAGCAGGACAAACUCGCACCCUCCGAUGACCCCGUCCUCACCGUCGUCGACCUCACAGCCGAGAAGAAGAAACUCGACGACAUGGUCAUGGAAAUGAUGAUGAAGCGCAUGAAGGCCUUCAAUAAGCCCCCGAAGCCUAAAGCUACCCCAAAAACAAAGCCGAAGUCAAAGUCUAAGAAGACCAAGACUGCGAAGCCGACGCCCGAGCCAAAGGUCGACGAGGAUGUUAAGUCUGGGGAGGAGGAUAAGCCUACAACCCAAGAGAAUGCGCAUCCGCACCCGGACUCGCAGGCGCAGAUGGAGGAUAUGGAGCAGGGGAACAUUGAUCACAAGGUCCUGGGCGGUGGGGAUGCGCCGACGAAGGAGCAGAUUCAGGAGGCGCUUAGGAAGGCCGGGAUCAAUCAGGAGAGCGAUUGGGAGAAUCAGGGCCCUCCUGUUGGGGAGCAUAAUGAGUUGUAGUGUACAUACAGCGGGUGAGUGAGUGGGGUGGAGGUGUAGAUCGGAUCGGUGUGUAUCUGAGUGGGAAUGUAGGAGUCUUUUUUCCUUCCUCUUUUUUCGCUUUCGCGUAAGAUGUUCAAUGAAAUCAAUGAAUGGCU